AAGGUCAACUCGGACUCUGAAGCCAACUUCUAAAACUCUUUGGUUGGACUCUCUCUCGCAAUGGGCACCUCUCUCCACGCAAGGGAUGCUGCUGAAAGGAUGCCAUGGGCCAACUUCUUCAUGGCGAUGGUGGCCAUCUCCUUCCUCAUCUUCCUAGGCCCCGCCGUGGCCAACGAGUAUGACUACGUGAGCUUCCAGUCGGACAUCGGCGCCUACCAGACGGGCCGCUUCUACACCAAGCCGCCCCAGUGUGUUGCCAUCCCGGCCGACCUCCGCCUGUGCCACAGUGUGGGCUAUGACAAGAUGGUCCUGCCCAACCUCCUGGACCACGAGACCAUGGCCGAGGUCAAGCAGCAAGCCAGCAGCUGGGUGCCCUUGCUGAACAAGAACUGCCACAUCGGCACCCAGGUCUUCCUCUGCUCCCUCUUUGCCCCCGUCUGCCUGGACCGGCCCAUCUACCCGUGCCGAUGGCUCUGCGAGGCCGUGCGGGACUCUUGCGAGCCCGUCAUGCAGUUCUUCGGCUUCUACUGGCCCGAGAUGCUCAAGUGCGACCAGUUCCCGCAGGAUGACGUCUGCAUCGCCAUGACGGCACCCAAUGCCACCGAGGCGUCCAAACCGCAAGGUACGGCCGUGUGCCCGCCUUGCGACAACGAGAUGAAGGCGGAUGCCAUCCUCGACCACCUCUGUGCCAGUGAAUUUGCUUUAAAGAUGAAGAUCAAAGAGGUGAAAAAAGAAAACGGAGACAAGAAGAUCAUCCCCAAGAAGAAGAAGCCCUUGAAGCUGGGCACCAUCAAGAAGAAGGACCUCAAGAAGCUGGUGCUGUACUUGAAGAACGGGGCGGACUGCCCUUGCCACCAGCUGGACAACCUCAACAACCACUUCCUCAUCAUGGGGCGCAAGGUGAAGACCCAGUACCUGCUGACGGCCAUCCACAAGUGGGACAAGAAGAACAAGGAGUUCAAGAAGUUCAUGAAGAAAAUGAAGAGCCCAGAGUGCCCAACGUUUCAGUCCGUUUUCAAAUGAUCCGCUGGCGUCAAGCGCUGGGACUUCUGUUUUGUUGUUGUUGUCGUGUUGUAUUGUAUUUUUUUCCUGCUCAUCCUGAACUUGCACAAACUUGGACUUGAUGGCUCACCAACACUGUUGUCUCUUUCUGUCGCCGUGGAUUUCCCCCCUCAAUGUUCCUUUCUGUCUAUCUUCCAGUUUUCUCACAACUUUGGUUAUAUCCCACAUGUUGCUGUUGAGAAGACUUGGGGUUAUGAGCACAGCAUAUUAAGCUUUUUCCUCUGAUUUUUGGUUAGAAAUGCACAAUUUCAGUAGUGUGGAAAUGUUCCCUCAAAAAAAAAAAAAACAACAA